AUGGAGAUCGGCGGCCUGCACCGGGAGCGAUGCGAGGGGGAUGAACACUGGAGACUUCUGGAUAAUCUGAAAACCACGGUGGAAGGGCUGGUCUCUGGAAACAGCCGCAAUGUGUGGUCUAAGUAUGGAGGUCUGCAGAGGCUUUGUCGAGAUAUGAGCAGUAUUCUACAGCAUGGCCUCCUCUGUGAUCAGGUCUAUAAGCAGCAUGACUACUGGGACUUUGUGAAGAGCAGUCAGCGAUUGUACCCUGGAUCUUUACCGCAGGUGGAGCAGUUCUUGCGCUUCUGUGAGACCAGUCAGAGGAACAGUGACGGCUCCAGUGAGGAUAAUGGAAAGUUGUGGUUACAGCACAGUCUCCAAUUCCACAGCCUCUCAGCUCAGCUCAAGGCCCUGCUUGGGAACAGACAGUACACCCAGAAAUUCUAUUCAGAUACUGCCUUCCUGUUGAGUGACCGAUAUGUAACAGCCAUGUUCCAGUGCUUGGAGGCAGUGGAGCAGAAUAACCCCAGGUUAUUGGCCCAAAUAGACACAUCUGUGCUUGCUGGCAAGAGAGAGUUCACAGUUUCUGGAAAGAGUUUAAGUCUGAGUGCUCUACCUGUUACACCAUUCAUCCCCUAUACAGGGAGUCCAAACCAUUCCAUGUAUAACAGCCUGCAAGUUCCAGCCACUCUACCCAGCAAUGGUAUGAAAUAUGAGGACUUGUGUUCCAGCUUGGUUGAUCAGCAAAAUAAUGUUUAUAAAGUGAGUGUAUCUUUGCCUGCAAAUGAGUCCAAUCCUGCCAUCCAUGACUUGUCACCUCGUGAACCCUUUUCUCCUGUUAGUGAAAUGAGUAUUAGUACUUUAACCAGCCAAAGUGAAGAGACUCUUAGCCCUGAGGACCCACCAAGUGAGGCCGAUGAUGGUCCUGAAUACCUGGCUAUUGGAAACAUGAGCCGCCGGGCUUCAACCCAAAGAGCAACAGCUCAAAUCUCUUCACUGGUUCUCAGCCGCCAUACACGCCUGUUCAGACGACACCAGUUAUCCCCAGCCUGUCUCUGCUGUCUGUCCCACGCCGCUCCAGCUUUUCAGAGGGGCAGAUCGGUAACUUGUCAAAGCAUGUCAAAAAGAGUCACAUGCGCUCACAUUCUGACACCAACGUGACUAUUGGGAAAAAUCAA